AUGCAUUGGUCACAGACUUUUGAAGUAGAAGACAAAAUCGCUGGUUUGGAAGCUGGCACAAACGAACAGCAGAACAAUGUGGUUGGUGUUAAUAAGUUGGAUGACUCGAUUCUGGAAACAAUGGAGACUGAUGACUUGAGCGUCAAGGAAAACAGGACCAGAACGCCAAAUAAACGGAGAAUUGAAGCGAGGAACACUCAAUCGAACAAGAGAGCAAAACAACCAGAAGAAGAAGGAAUAACGAACGAGGAAAGUGAAGGAAAGAGGAGUGAUAAUGAAGAAGAAGGUGCAGACGGAGACGCCGAUUUCUACCAUCCAACAUACAGCAAAACGUAAGUUUGAGGAUGAAUCUUAUGCAACGUUGACAUUCAAAGCCUUUCACCUUCAGAUCGCUGGCGCUUAUUCCUGACCUUCUCGAUGGGCUAUGUGACGAUUACGACUUAGAUGAUUUGGAACUGGAUCCAAUCAGAAAUGUGGUCGAAGAAGAGAUGUACUCCGAUUUCUUCAAACAGCAGUUGAAUCAUCUUCCAAUCGACAAGGUCAGUACUCAUUUGAACAAUAUUCAACAUUCAACUAAGUUUUCCAGAUGUUGAAAGUGCAAUCUAUGAAUGACCACAACUUCCAAGACACGUUGAACUCAUGCAGAGGUCUCACUUACCCGGACAUGAUCCCUCAAAACGUCAAGGAGUUCUUCGUCUCUAACAUUGCUCACAAAAGGGUCGACAAUCCGACGAGUUUCCGAAAAUUCAAAGAGUUUUAUUACGCAAAAGAGGUACUUUUGCUCAUACGGGCUCCAGAUAAUAGUUCUCAUAUUUUCAGCUUGCUGCCGUUGCUGCUAGGACUGAUCUCGUCGAGUUUUACUACGAAGAGAAGAAUAAACUCGGCGGAAACUGGCGCCAAGAAAAUGUGGGACCGGAACUCACGAUGAAACAAGAGAUACUGACGAUAUUGAGCGAGUGUGGCAUCUCAAUCAUUUGGUGAGUAGAAACACUCUCUUUUAUUCAUAAUUUUUUUUGAUUUUAGUGAUAACGAGCAUCUUCCGUCAAGAACAAUUGUCAAAGCGAAGAGGAGGGGUGCAAGGAAGGACCAGAAAGAAGAUGACAACAAAGUUGUACCUACUGGAAUUCGGUCACAAGAGAACAAGAGAACAAGUGACGCUCAUCAGCCAAUCACUCCGAAGGAAGACGAGGAUUCUGGCUACUCGUCGCCGAAAUCGAAGAGCGAGGAUAAUGACGACAUCCUCAUGAAUCAUUCAGAUUUUUAG